ACGUAUCUCUAGUUCAGUGGGCCUGUAUCACGAGUAUAUAUAGUGAGCUGAAGUUAGCAACCUAGAUAUUGAGAUAGAAGGAAUACUGCAGUCUGGAGAGUAUGCUAAUUCAAAUGUGACCAUCUUGGGAUUUAGGCCUGGGAGUAUCGUCGCUAUUAUUGUGAUCGUAACCGACAUGUUACCAGAAGAACUCGUUGACGUUCUUGUCGAUGUUGGCAUUGACGUCCUUGCGGAUAUCAUCGGUGAAGAAUUAGUUGCACAACUCACAGAGGGCCUUGUUAAUGAAAGUGCCGCUGUUGAACUUUCUAAUGUUGUAAUACUAGAAGCAACCACCACAGUGGCAACGUCUACAGGGACAACAACAGAACCUACAACGAGCCCAACAGAAGUCCCAACAGAAACCACUCCAGCAACCACUCCUGAAAGCACUCUGGGAACUACUCCUGCAUCCACACCAGGAGCACCAGAUACUACACCAGAAACUACACCAGAUACUACACCAGAUACGACACCAGAAGUGACACCAGUGACUACACCAGAAGUGACACCAGUGACUACACCAGAAUUGACACCAGUGACUACCCCAAUAGUAGAAACUACAACAACAAAAGCUCCCUGCUUUGAAUGUCCAUCUGGUUCCUCCUAUACCUGUGUUUAUGAUCCUGAAUGGAUUUGUGAUGGCAUGGCAGAUUGCAAUGAUGGAGAGGAUGAAAUGAACUGCCCAGUGUCUUGUCCAGACGAUCAAUUUGGAUGCCCUUGGCCAGAUAAUAGCUGUAUCGAUGAGACACUGAUCUGUGACUUUGUGCCUGAUUGUACAGCGGGAGGAGAUGAAGCUGAGGAAGUGUGUAUGGUCUCUGAAAUAACGGAUGAAAUAAUGGUUCCAUUUGAUGAGUAUGAGAUAUUGAGAAACCCGGAUUCCUAUCCUGCAAGGGAUUAUGAUACGCCUAAUGACUAUCAGCUGUACAAGAUAUCAAGCCCACCAGACUCACAUCUACUGAUUGAAGUCAUUAGAGUUGUAUUCGAUGGCACUCUAUCUACUGUAUCUGUUGGUAGUGGACUAGACCCCGUUGAGGCUUUCUACUACGACAACAUUCUAUUGACCUACACAAAUGGAUCGGGAUACGUGGGGAAUACUAAGCCAGUGUAUCAAACAUCGCCUGGGAACGAGGCCUAUGUCUUGCUGGAGAGGGCUGUGGGAGAGGAGAUUGAGAUGUUGGUCCGUGUCAGUGCAUUUAACUGUACAAGUUAUAAUGCAACCCCAUGCUCAAGGUCUAACCAUUGUUAUCUGGAAGAUGAGAUCUGUGAUGGGACAGUGCAUUGCGAACUCAGUGGAGAGGAUGAACAAGAAUGCGAAUCAUGUGAUGGGUUUGUAUGCCCAACAAGCGAUGAACUAAACUGUAUUCCUGAUAGUUGGUACUGUGACUCCAUACUUGAUUGUUCGGAUGGAUCUGACGAAUCAAACUGUACUGGUUGCCCAUAUGGUCUGUACCCAUGCUACUUUGAUGAGUCCAUUUGUUACAAUUACACUGCCGUUGGAUGUGAUGGAAACUAUGAUUGUCCAGGUGGUUCUGAUGAAUACAACUGUACAGGAUGUUUUGCAUGUAAUGGUUCUUCGGGAUGUUUACUUGACCUUCAAAUUUGUAACUUCUAUAACGAUUGUCCUGAUGGGGAAGAUGAGGCUAAUAAUCUUUGCAAUCAUACAGAGUUUAAAAGUUUACAUGACAUCCAAGUUGGCGUUUGGACAGACUUCAGUGAAGUAUUAGUAUCCCAAAGAAUUCUUGAUGAUCGUAAUACUCCAGCUAGUAAAUUCUACGAUUUCACCCACUAUGCCUUUGAAAGUCCUGAAAGAUCUACAUUGUUUAUGGAGAUACAGAAUUUGACUGUGAAUCUGACCGGACCUCUCUUGGAACUUGUUCAUGUCUCGGCUGGCUAUGGGACUGACCCAACAGAUAUCGGGACAACCCUAGCAUACGCAAAUGGAUAUGGAUAUUUUGAAAGCCCUAGCUACAGCAGCAACUUUUCUCUUGUUGAUAAUAAAGGAUAUCUUCUUAUCGCCAUCCCCAAAUCUGUUGCUGGAACCUUCAAUAUCACUUUCAGAGUCACAGCCAUAGAAUGUGAGUAUCCAGAGGAACUCUGCAAUGGAUCUCUGCACUGCCUCAACAGAAUACAGGAAACAUGUGAUGGUGAAGUUCAGUGUCUUGAUAGUGGAGAGGAUGAAUAUGGAUGUGAAGAAUGUUUCCAAGGAGAAUAUUGCUGGUAUGACUAUUAUAAGUGCGUUCAGCCUCGUGAUAGAUGUAAUGGACUUUAUGACUGUGCAAGUGGAAGUGAUGAGAGUGAUUGCCCAGGAUGUAUUCUCUGUAACGGAACUGCUUGGUGCCCUGCGGAUAUCCAAGUUUGUGACUAUAUAAAGGAUUGCCCAAGUAAUGAUGAUGAGGCAGAAAGUCGCUGUAACCAUAUUGCUUUCAUUGAUGAUGUUGAUCUUGCUCCUGGGGAGUCUAUUACCAUUGAGAGAAGUUGGUUGGAUGGUGCUUACGGGGAUCGCAACACACCCGCCAGCAACUUCUACAACUUUACCCACUAUGUUUUCACCUCUCCUCCUGGGACAACACUCUUUGUCGAGAUGCAAGAGAUCAUUGUGGGUGGGGAUCCCGGCCCCCUGCAAGCUCAGUUCAAAGUUUUAGUCGGGUCUGGAAUCAAUCCUGGCAAUGAUGAGAAUACUGUAGCAUACUUUGGUCUGUAUCACAACAACACCAUAAGUAAUUCAAUACCUGAUUCUGUGGGCUACGUGCUUAUAGCCAUCCCGAAAGAUGUUAAAGCCAACGUCACGUUCCGAGUUACUGCAGUCGAAUGUUCUGAGUUUUCAUGCCCAACAAGCGAUCCAUUCUAUGGUAAUUGCAUCUCUGAGGACUGGGUCUGUGACAACAUAACUGAUUGCUUGGAUGGUAGCGAUGAAGCUGAUUGUGACGCUUGCCCUGAAGGUCUGUACCCAUGCUACUUUGACGAUUCAAUCUGUCUUGAUUAUACUGUCGUUGGAUGCGAUGGAAACUAUGAUUGCCCAGGUGGUACUGAUGAAUACAACUGUACAGACUUAGGAUGUUUUGCGUGUCCUGGUUUUUCAUCAUGCUUACAUGACCUUCAAGUUUGUAACUACUAUAACGAUUGUCCUUAUGGGGAAGAUGAGACAGAAGCUCGCUGCAAACACUCUGAUUUUGUCAGUAAGUUUAUUGUUUUUAUAUGUAUAUGCACACACACACAUAUAUAUAUAUAUAUAUCUUUGAGAUCAAGAGUAUGGAGAGGAUGUUGCAAGAUAAUACAAAUUUUCUUCAUCUUUCGUGGGCUUGCCUUUCAUCAGGAUUAUUAAAGGGGUGCUCAGAGCUGAAGAAAUUUAUAUCUACAUGUAAAUAAAUAGAGUAAAAUUCUCAAGAGUAAAAUGCUGAUAAUUUAAUCAAAAUCGGAUAACAAAUAGCAAAGUUAGUGAAUUUUAAAGUUAAGCAAUAUUUUGGGAAAACAGUUAAAGACACAUCAUCAUGAAUACUCAUUAAGUGGGCUGAUGAUAUUACAUCCCCAUUUUCCUUUUUCUAAUGUUAUUACAUGAAAUCAUAAUUGUUUCAUUUUUUCAUACAUGUGUGAAUGAUAUGUCUCCAUUGUAAUGAUAUGAUUUGCAGCAAUAAAUAUCAAAUGCACUAAAUCAGUUGUCAAUCCAAUUGUUUUAGUUCUUGGUAGAAAUUUUUUGGAUGAACCUAAUUUC